ACCUUGCAUUAGUGACAGGGUGUGUCAAAUCUCUAGCCUAGAUUCGUGCUUCGUAUAGCUUUACGCUCCAGAUGAGAAGAAGGAGGAGGAGAACGAGAAGAAAGAGGAGAAGAGAGCACGGCAUGUGAGAUUCUAUCUGCACGGAUGAGUUCCUAACUUGUAAGUUUGUAACCUGCAAUCAAUAUCACGCUCUAUCGACUAAAUUUAAAGACCCUGCUUGGAGUGGAUGUUCGGGGGGGGGCCCAUUCCCUUCUUUGGCUUAUGAUAAAAGUCCGUCUUUUUCUUGCUUCCUACUUCUCCCCCAGAACGAUUCACGGAGCGGACUAGAAUUUCACAUGCAUUGUGCAUUGUCCAACAAUUCUCCGGUUUAACAUGGAACGGGUGCCCAUCGUUCCCAUAGUUUUUUAUUUCUAGAAAAUCUUGUAACUACUUCACGCUGUCCCUCACACUAAGCGCUACGGAUAUCUGUACAAACAUUCUAUGCUUGAUGGACGCGUGGGAUUUUGCCAAUCACUUUUCGCCUCCUCCCGCCGAUUCGGAUAACGAUGAUAGUUUUACUAUGAGUUCCUCGCGCGCCGUCCAUCACUUUGUAUCCCCCGAGAAAGAGGUUAAUGCUGGCCUUUGGUCUCUUUUCGCCGGUGCGACCAUAUGUCUCGGGCUACGACUGUAUUGCAAAUUGAGACGUCAAGGUCUCUGGUGGGAUGAUUAUAUACUCAUACUAUCCUGGGUGAAUACACAUGACUGAUGUCGAAUCACGAAACCCCAUCCAGCUAACUGUCAUGCAUCAGGCCGUCCUUCUCACAGCAGACAUAUUCAUUUCCUACGAGUUCGCCACCGGAUAUGUCGUCAAAACUUGGAACGAUCGUAUGUUGAUUCUCGUGUCGAUUUCAUCCUGCCUUACUACCGCCGGCCAGACAUGGAGCAAGUCCGCUUUCGCGGUAACGCUUCUCAGGAUGACAAAUGCCUGGCAAAAGGCCAUUUGCAUCGCCACCCUCUUCGUCCUCAACGUCUUCCUAGUCCUCAAGGUUUUUGUGAAUUGGUCCAAAUAUUGUGACAAAUCUGGUUAUCAAAAUUGGUGGAGGAUGCCUGGUUUCUGUGUUGAUUACCAAGCAGUGCAUGAUAUCAAGAACGGGGGAAAUAGUGGGUGCCACAUUCAUAUGAUUAGAAUGUCGAUCGCUAACCUAUCCCAUGUAGUUUUUAACAUCGUCGCUGAUUUUGUGCUCGCUCUGUUUCCAUGGAUGGUUACAUGGAAGCUGAAGAUAUCUCUCAAAGAGAAGAUUGCUCUUUGUAUAACCAUGAGCCUCGGAGUUGUGAUCGCCAUCGUUUCAGCCGUUAGAACUGCUUAUAUGAAUGACCCAAAGGUCGAUGCCUACAAUGACUAUUAUUUUUGUAAGUCUUUUUAGAAACUCUCAUUUUUUCCUUACCAUCCUCUACCCUGUCUCCUCCUCUCAUCUACGCUUCCACUUCUCUUCUCCAUCCUUCUAUUCCUCUCCUCUCCAUAUAUACACUAUCUCUACACCCCUCCUCACACUCAUACCAUUUCAUCACCAUCCUAACAUAAACCUUCCAACAGGGCGCCAAGGAUUAUCAAUGGUCUGGUACUCAGCCGAGGUAGCAGGCACUAUAAUCGUGCAAUCCAUACCACUAAUGCGACCACUGUUAAACGACAUGCACACAUCACUAGCAUCAAGAAAACUCAAUUCCGACGCCGACAGAGGAUACGGCCCAGGAAAGAGUAUGAGAAGCGCAAAGCGAAGAACCCUCACCUUGAUCCUCCAAGGUGCGGACAUGACCGACGACGUAAAUGGCCCCGACGACAAGAAAAGAGAGGAUGUAGAUCGAAUGCACCUGACGCAAGACGAGAACGGAAAGAUAGUCCUGCGGAGAAAGACCGCGGAACCCCCAAUGAUGGAGUAUGAAGAUAGUCGCAUGGCUAACCGAAGGCUGGAGGAAGACGAGAUUGGCUUGACGCAGGAUUCAAAGGGGAGGAUUGUGAUGACUAGUGAUUACCACGCAGGAGGGGACUUGGGACAAACUCCCGCGUAUAGCGCUCAGAGGGGUCUGGAGGACACUCCCAAGUAUAGCGCCCAUGCAUCUUUGGAGGAGAUCCCGGAGUAUGACGACCAUGGACGCUUGGAGCAGAUUCCCGAAUACCGCAGCAUCCAAGAAGACAAGGAACAGAUUCCCAUGACAGAAUUCCACGCCAGAACUAGUAAAUAAAAAGAAACCAUGUAAAUAAUAUUUCUUUUCGAAGAGAAAGAAAAAAAAAACAAGAA